AUGGGUCCUAGAAGAAAGCCAACUGCACCUACUUACUCUCAGAUGUUUUAUGAUGGUGUCGGGACAUCUUCUUCCGGUCCAUCAGCUUCCGAGGCAGUCCCGGACUCUCAGACAUCUCAGAGAGUUUCUUGGAGUCCUCCUCCUCCUGCACCUCAUAUGCCUCCACCACCUCCUCCUCCAGCCGCUGCACCUCAGCCUGUCCCAGCAGGUGUAGUUCAUCCAGAUUUGCGUGUGCCUCCAUCUGCCCCAUACGCGAGAUAUACAGUGGAGGAUUUGCUCGCCCAGCCUGGAAGAGAGUGCUUGGAUGUUCUGGAUCCCGAUAGACUGCCGGGAACUUAUUGGUUUGGGGCCAACAACCGAGUUGGCCGGAGCGUGUCAGAGACGAUCAAGGGAUACUAUGGCGGAGCGUAUCCGAAUUGGAGCAAGACUCCAGACCACCAAAGGUGGCACUGGUCCUUGGGAAUCACCGAGAGGGACAAGUGGGAGAUCUACGUUUAUGACGGAAAGCCCACCGAGCUCACGAAGGAAGUAUGGGAUGAUCUCAUCGCCUAUUGGAAGCUACCCUCUUCGAUCUGUAAGGCCAACUCGUGCUCUGUUUCCCGGAGAACGAAGGACAAAGAUGGUCAUUUGCCCAUGGUUCACAAAACCGGAAAAAAGCCUCACGCCGGAAUCCGUCUAGAAGCGAUGACUCACGCCACAUCAGACGAGAUUUUUGUGGAUCCGGCAUCCGAGAAACUCUUCAACGCAGUGGCUUCUCGGGUUGAAGAGCGGGAGACGCAAUUAACCCAGCAGUCUCCCGAUGGAUUACCCGUCAAACUGACCACCGAAGAGGUCAACAGGAUCUUCGAAGAGAUGAGAGCUCGAAUGGAUAGCCAUAAGGAUCGUUUAGACUCUCUUGAGAAUCUGCUGGACGUGAUGGCGGUGGGAAACCCGACUAUGCAGCAAGCACUAAAUGAGAGACGAGCAGCUCUCGGGAUGCCAAUACGGAAUCCCGAAGAUGUCGAUCCAGACCGUUCUCAACCGAGCACCGCCACCGACUACUUCGAUAAUAUGUAG